AUGCGCAAUAUCUCCGACCCAAACUGUAACUCGUCAACAAUUGUCGCAGGGGAAAAGGAUAGCACAGAUCUUGCAUCCAUCUACAGGCCUGCUCGAUUUUCAGACAUCAGUCUAAAUCUUCUAGGUACAUUUUGGCUAGACUUUGAUGAUUUAGUGAUGUCGGCGGUAACUGUACAUUUCGGCUGUUCUCUCUGGUAUCAGUUUUUCUACGUACAUAUCCGACGGAUGGAAUAA